CCACCAUUUUGGCUGUAGACGGGUUAAGGGUUUAAGCGGAUUUCCCACAAAAACCAUCACCUGGUUAUGAUGCUGUGUCGUGCCCUUCGUCCCAAAAAUCUGCCUUUGCUCUUCCACAAGCCCAAAGUGAAUCCAUGUGAACUCUGGGCAGCUCCAUUUGGAUCCCUUUUCUCCACACACAUUGUCGGUGACAAGCCGAUUCUUGUUCGUGAUUUCAUUCAUUCUGCAUUAUACGAUCCGAAACAUGGGUAUUUCUCUCAAAGAUCGAAAUCGGUUGGAGUGCUUCCCAGAGCAAUUAAGUUCAAUCAGCUUGAAGGUAGGAAAGGUUAUAUGAAAUACUUGGAUAAAAUUUACAAAGAAAGUGAGGUAUCAUGGUUUACUCCUGUGGAAAUUUUUAAGCCUUGGUAUGCGCACGGGAUUGCUGAAGCCAUAAUGCGUACUGCUAACUUUUCAGUUCCCCUAAAGAUAUAUGAAAUUGGUGGUGGAUCAGGAACUUGUGCAAAGGGAAUUAUGGAUUACAUCAUGCUGAAUGCACCGCCAAGAGUUUACAACAAUAUGACUUACAUCUCAGUUGAAGUCAGUCCCUCGCUGGCUGAGAUACAAAGAGAAACUGUUGGAGAAGUCCAUAGUCACUUAUCAAAGUUUCGAGUAGAAUGUCGUGAUGCUACUGACCGGAGUGGAUGGGGAGAUGUGGAGCAACAACCAUGUUGGGUAAUAAUGCUUGAGGUACUUGAUAAUCUUCCGCAUGAUCUUAUCUACUCAGAAAAUCAAGUUUCCCCAUGGAUGGAAGUAUGGGUAGAGAAGCUACAGGAUAGGGAAACACUGUCUGAAUUGUAUAAGCCAUUGCAAGACUCACUAAUUAAACGAUGUGUUGAGAUCAUCGAUUUGGACAAAAAACAUGAUUUUCAAAGCAGUGCAAUACUAAAAGCAAAAAGCGUUUGGUCUAAAGUCUUUCCAAAGCCUCAAAGAUGUUGGCUGCCAACUGGUUGCUUGAAACUGCUUGAAGUUUUGCAUGAGGUGCUACCAAAGAUGUCUUUAAUCGCUUCAGACUUUAGUUACCUACCUGAUGUAAGAAUACUUGGUGAAAGAGCUCCAUUGGUUUCAACCAAGGUAUUACUGCUAACUUUUAAAGGUGACCAGCUUUUUAUGAAACUAAAGUUUAUGAUUUUGGUUUGUUUUCAGGGGGAUGCUGACAUAUUUUUCCCCACUGAAUUUUGGCUUUUGGAACGUAUUGACCAUUACUGUUCUGGAUGGCUGAAACUGCAGAAAGAUAUGUUGUCCAAGGAAGGGAAGAAGAGGCGAACAAUUACACUUGAUACGUCGUCAUUCAUGGACGAGUUUGGCUUGCCCUCGAAGACAAGAACCAAGGACGGAUACAAUCCACUUUUGGACGAUUUCAAGAAUACGAAAUUUUAUCUAAGUGUUCCAACACAUAAUACUGUAUAGAUGGUACUGGCAGCGAUUUUAUUUCCAAGAAAGCAUAUGGCUCCGAAUAUCUGGAGUUGGUAUUGUUGUUGAAGUGAUUUGUGGGCUUCUGAGCAGUAUGGCUAGUGAACCAGCAGUUCCUUUCUUACAAGCAUGAACUCAGAUUUGAUGCUGUAUCAGACAAUAAAGUUGAAUGGCUGUCUGUAAUGCUCAUAAUAGAGAUACAUAUAUGUUUGGGAACAUUGGGUAAAACGAUGAUAUUGCUAACUCUUGAAGAUGGAUGAAAUGCAACGUGGCUUUGCUAUGAAUGCUCAAGAUCAGAAGAAAUUCAAAGAUUAGGACCCAGCGAAAAAGAGGUUGCCAUGAAAGCUGAACCAUUCACUUCCCAGUUUUGUCUUGUUUUUACUUUUCUUUUCCUGUCUAUUCAUUUUAUAAAUUGUUUCAGUUCUGAGAGGAAGAGCUCAUAUGGUUAUGUCUCACCAUGCAUUUGAAGUUUUAAACAGCUUAUGAAAAAUAACUUGUUAGUAGAAUCAAUCCAAAAUUGUCAGCUUUCAGAUUAUGAAAUAACUUAUUACUCCAAAGUUA